AUGAACUACGGUAUGUACAAUACGAGAUAUGCUUAAUUACUAUGAAUAGCUCAGCAAAGUCACGAUCUAAUUUGCUUUUGUAAAUCUAAAAAAUGCUAUUCAUCGCUUUUAAGUAUAUAUGAGACCACAAACAAACCAACCACAACCUAAUCAGCCUAAUAACUUUGCAGUCGACGUUCAUUCAUUUAUGGAAGGCCUCAGUCGAGUUGUACAAAUCCUGUAUUCAAGUAUUCCUGUUCUGGAAUUUUCAAAACUAAUAAUCAAAUAUUCCUGGAAAUUUUUAAGGCACUUAGGCUCAAGUACCUUUGGAACUGCAUUAAAUGCAUCAGGACUUUCCCAUCACAUAAAUAAUGAGCAGCUAAUGGAGCUCUUAUGGAAGCAACCUUCACAAUUGCCAAUGAUACUCAAAGGUAUAGCAAUGUUGGCACUGGCGUUUGCACUUUUAGUCGUUUAUAGAAGAGCACAAGCGAGAAAUGCGAAAAUUGAAGAAGAGUUUGACGAGUUUGAGGUUGAAGAAAUGCAGGAAGAAGAAAAAGAUGUGGUUAGCGAAAAUAUUCAGGAGCCUGCGACUACUGGAAAACUGACAAUGGAAAGAAAAAGUGAGGAGGAUACAGAUAGGCCAAUUUUUAUUCAAGAAAAUUAUUAUCCAGAACCAAUAGAUCAGUAUGCGCAGGAAUACCCUGAAUAUUCAACAAUGUUUUAA